AUGCCGGGCGGCCGCCGGGGCCUCGUCGCCCCACAGAACACCUUCCUCGAGAAUAUCAUACGACGAUCCUCCUCACAGCCAGACAGCAGCUUUCUUCUGGCCAACGCUCAGAUCGUGGACUACCCCAUCGUGUACUGCAACGAGACCUUCUGCAAGAUGAGCGGGUACAACAGGGCGGAGGUCAUGCAGAAGUCGUGCCGAUGUACGUGGAUGUACGGAGAACUGACGGAAAAAGAGGCCGUGGAGAGAGUGGACCGCUCGCUGGACCACCACCUCGCGGAUCAGUUUGAGAUACUCCUCUACAAGAAGAACCGCACGCCGCUGUGGCUGCUGGUGCACGUGGCGCCCAUCAAGAACGAGCGCGAGCUGGUGGUGCUGUUCCUGCUCACCUUCAGAGACAUCACCGCCCUCAAGCAGCCCAUCGACGCCGACGACCCCAAGGGAGGUCUGUCCAAGUUCGCGAAGCUGGCCCGCAGCGUGACGCGCUCCCGGUCCGUGCUGGUGUCCGCGCUGCCCGCCCUCAAGGAGCCGGCCCGGCAGAGCCAGCUCGCGCAUGUCAGUACCACUCACACACCGCACCAUGUGAUGUCUCUGUCGGGCGACGUGCUGCCCCAGUACCGCCAGGAGGCUCCCAAGACGCCGCCCCACAUCCUGCUGCACUACUGCGCCUUCAAGGCCAUCUGGGACUGGAUCAUCCUCUGCCUCACCUUCUACACGGCCAUCAUGGUGCCCUACAACGUCGCCUUCAAGAACAAGACCAGCGAGGACGUGUCCCUGCUCGUCAUCGACUCCAUAGUGGACGUAGUGUUCUUUAUCGAUAUCGUGUUAAACUUUCACACCACGUUCGUGGGCCCGGGGGGCGAGGUGGUCAGUGACCCGAAGGUGAUUCGAAAAAACUAUUUCAAGUCAUGGUUUCUGAUCGAUCUCCUUUCCUGCUUGCCUUACGACGUUUUUAACGCUUUCGACCACGACGAAGAUGGCAUAGGCAGCCUCUUUAGUGCCCUAAAGGUAGUUCGUCUGCUACGGCUGGGCCGCGUGGUCCGCAAGCUGGACCGCUACCUGGAGUACGGCGCCGCCAUGCUCAUCCUGCUGCUGUGCUUCUACAUGCUGGUGGCGCACUGGCUCGCCUGCGUGUGGUACAGCAUCGGGCGCUCCGACGCCGACUCCGGCCUCCAGUACUCGUGGCUGUGGAAGCUGGCCAACGUGACGCAGAGUCCGUACUCUUACGUGUGGUCCAACGAGUCGGACGGCCCGGAGCUCGUGAACGGGCCGUCUCGGAAGACAAUGUACGUGACCGCGCUCUACUUCACGAUGACCUGCAUGACCUCCGUGGGCUUCGGCAACGUGGCCGCCGAGACCGAUAACGAGAAGAUCUUCACCAUCUGCAUGAUGAUCGUGGCAGCUCUCCUCUACGCCACGAUAUUCGGCCACGUGACCACCAUCAUCCAGCAGAUGACGUCAGCCACGGCCAAGUACCACGACAUGUUGAACAACGUGCGCGAGUUCAUGAAGCUGCACGAGGUGCCCAAGGCGCUGAGCGAGCGCGUCAUGGACUACGUGGUGUCCACGUGGGCCAUGACCAAGGGCCUCGACACGGACAAGGUGCUGAAUUACUGCCCGAAGGACAUGAAGGCCGAUAUCUGCGUCCAUUUAAACAGAAAGGUUUUCAACGAGCACCCCGCCUUCCGCCUCGCGUCCGACGGCUGUCUCCGGGCGCUGGCGAUGCACUUCCACAUGUCGCACUCGGCGCCCGGCGACCUGCUCUACCACACGGGCGAGUCCAUCGACUCGCUGUGCUUCAUCGUGACCGGCAGCCUCGAGGUCAUCCAGGACGACGAGGUCGUGGCCAUACUCGGUAAGGGAGACGUGUUCGGUGAUUCGUUCUGGAAGGACAGCGCCGUGGGCCAGUCCGCCGCCAACGUGCGCGCGCUGACCUACUGCGACCUCCACACCAUCAAACGAGAUCGCCUGCUCGAGGUGCUCGACUUCUACCAGGCGUUCGCGAACAGCUUCGCGAGAAAUCUCACUCUAACAUAUAACCUUCGACAUCGACUCAUUUUUCGUAAAGUGGCGGACGUGCGCCGCGAGCGGGAGCUGAUGGAGAGGCGGAAACGGGAGCCGCAGCUGGAGCAAGCACAGGACCACCUCGUGAGGAAGAUCUUCUCUCGCUUUCGACGAGAACGAAGCGUGGCGGCGACCCCCGCCCCCGCCCCGCGCGCCUCCCUCGCCGCUCUCGUGCCGGCCGCGAGCGACCCGGAGCGAGGAGACGGUGAGGACGCGCCCUUCAUAGACCGUCCGCUGCGAGCCACUCACACGCACUCUCCCGCAGGUGUGAGCAACGCUACGGGUGCGGCCACCGCGAGCGCCGAGGACGGGAAGCAGGCAGCCGGAGCGGCCGCCGUCACCGCCAGAGGGAAGUGGGGACGACUGGUGGCCAGCGGGUCCCUGGACGCGGGGGAGGCUCCGCGGGCCGCCUUCACCAGGUCACUGAGCGCGAGAGACAGACCGGCCACCACCGGGGCCGGGGACACCACCACCGCGACCACCAUGACUAUCAAGAAUAUGUUCGGACGCGGUCGAGCCGGCAGCGUGCUGGGAGCGGCCGCCAGGAGGGAACCCAUCGACGAGGAGGCGGACGAGAAGAAAGCCUCCUCGCCCGGCACUAGUAGUACGGCGACCACAGGCCCGCCCGCGCCCGCUCAAGCGACCGCGCCCGCGACCUCGCCCGUGCCCGCUGGCGCCUGUGUGUCCGUGUCCACACCCGCCCCCGCGCCCUCACCCGCCGCCCCUCUCCCCGCCGUGUCCGCACACGAGGCGGCGCUAGCUGAACUAAGAAGGGACGUUCGCACCGAAGUACAACGUCUCCAGCAAAAGUUGGGCCGAGUCGAAGAGCUGCUGACGAUGUUGGCGGCGCGACUGGGAGCGGACCCCGCCGACGUGACGCCCGACCACGACAAGAACGAGCGAGCGGACCGCGGGGAGCGGCUCGAGAGGAGCGAGCGAGCGGACCCCGCCGCGCUGGCCAGGAAGAGACGCACUAAGGCGCGGAGCAAAGGCGCCGCCCCGCAGGUGCCGACCCCGCCGGGAGAGUCCCCGGAGAGCCCGGCCGGCACGAGCGGCGCCGGCGGGGCCUCACUGCCGGCGGGAGCGAGCGCCGCGGCCGCCAGGAGGAGAGAGUUCGUGUAG